AUGCAGUUUGAAAAGGUAAUUGAAGGAUUUAAAAGUGGGAUAAAUAAUGAAAAAUUGAAUUUACCAAUCCCAUGGGAUUGGGUUUGUAAUAAUUUAAUAUCACUACUACAAGAGUAUUCUGAUGGUGUUACUUCAACAAUAGUAAAAACAGAUUUACAAAAUAAGUGGGAUUUAGAGGGUAUUGAUGUAAUUUCUAACAUUAAUAAUGGUUUAAAUAAUAGUUUCAAUAAUAACGACAACGAAAUUGAUUAUAAAAAACCAAAAUCAUUAUAUUUAUCUUAUAAAAGAGAAACAAUACCAUUUGAUUCAAUUAUAGAGACAACAAUACAAUCAAUCAAUAGAAAAGAUAAUCAACCAAAUACGAAUGAUGAACAACAAACACAAACGCAACCAAAAAAAAAAUUGAAACAUCAUCACCAUCAAAGUUUUUCAAAUAUAAUUACCAUUGGUGAUUCUUACUAUAUCAAUCAAUUAUGGUUACAUCCAAGAUUUUAUAGUUAUUUAUCUGAAUAUUUUGGUAAUUCACCUUUAAUUUCACCUGGUAGAAAUAUUAGAAUUUCAAAUAUUUUACAACAAUAUUCAAAAGCUUCAAAAAUUUUUAAACUUGAUAAUAAUAAUAAUAAUAAUAAUGAUAAUAAUGAUAAUAAUAAUAAUAAUAAUAAAAAGGUACAAAAUAAAAAACAAAUUAUAUUACCAUCAUCAGUAUUAAUAAUGAUAUUAAAAGAUAUUGAAGAUUUAUCAUUUACAGAAAGAUUAAAACAUUUUAAAUUAUCAAAUAUAUUUCUUGAUGGUAAUAAAUCAUUCAUUCCUGAUGAAAAUUCAGUAUUAUGGUUACGAGUUGAGAAAAUAUUAAAAGUAGAGGAAAAGAAUACUCAAUAUAAAUGGGAUAGGAUUCUACCAUAUGAUAGUUUCUUAGGUCAUAGUAUGAAACAAGUAAUGAUAUUAUCAGAGUUAUUAGAUUUUAGAAAAGAUAAUAUAAAGGAUCAAUCAUUAUCAAUCUCACCAUACACUGUUGAAUUGGUAUUCUGGGAUGAGCAAAUCGGAUAUUUAAGAUUACUACAAAAAGGUGAAAAAAUCAGAAUUAAAGGAGUUUAUUAUAAUAAUAAUAAUAAUUUUAAUAAUAUAAAUAAUACAAAUAAUAAUGAUAUUAAUAGAAUCGUUUUAGAAGUAUUACCAUCUUCAACAAUAUGUGUAUUACCAAAUGAUAAUAAAAUAAGCCCAACUAUAAAUUCAACAACGACAACUGCCACCCCUUCUACCACUUUGGCAAACACUACAUCUAAAAUUUCAGAAAGAAUGGAUAUUUCUAAUGCUUUUGGAACAAAUUUUUCAUUAUUGGUUAAUAUUUUAGAAGUUGAUUUUUCAAAGAAACAACAAAUUAUUUAUAAAGUUUAUCAAAAUAAUACAAUAGCAAAAACAAUAGAUAUAGUUUUAAAAAUUGAUGAAAAUAAUAGUAAAAAUAACAACAAUAAUAUAAUUAGCAAUAGCAUAUAUAAAAAUAAUAGAAUCGAAGAAGGUCAAUUAGUUUAUUUUAAAAAUUUAAAUAUAAAAGAUGGUGUUGUUUAUUGUAUUGAAAACAACAACCCAUUAUACAAUAAUAAUAAUAAUAAUAAUAGCUAUAACUAUAUUAUUAUUUCAAAAAUUCAAGGUUUAUUAUCAAGUAGAUUUCUAUAUAAUCAAAUUAAUAUUGAUCAAUUAAAUGAUUACUCAAAUUCAGUUUUCAUUGGCGCAAUAAUUGGUAUAAAUAAUGAAAGUAGAAAAAAUUUACAAAAGGUUCAUUCAGUUUGUAAUAAAGAAAUUAAUUUAACAAAUACCAAUAUUAUAGAAAAUAAUAAUAAUAAUAAUAAUAAUAAUAAUAAUAAUAAUAAUAAUAAUAAUAAUAAUAAUAAUGAUAAUAAUAAAGAUUUUAUAUUUUGUCAACAUUGUAAUAGAUCAAUUAAUCAAGUUGAAAUAAUGUUAAAAUUUAAUUUCACUUAUAAAAUUUGUAGUCCCAUUGGUAUUGGUAAUGAUGUAACAACAAAAACUAGAAUCAAUUUAAGUGCAACAUCAACAGCCCAUUUUCAAUUCCUACAACUAAAUGAAUCAGAAUUUGAGUUAUUACCAAUUGAAAAACAAACCAAACUAUUCAAUUUAAUAAUUGGAAAAUUUUAUUAUCUUUCAAUAUCAAAAAUUGACGAAAAUCAAUUUAGAAUUGAUAAUUGUUCAAAUUAUCAAUAUUAA